CCUAAACCUCCCAAUCUUAACCCAAAACCUUCAAUUUCACCCAGACACACGCACAAACACAUCGAAUUGAAGCAAAUCAAUGGAGGUGGAAGGGGAGCAGAGAGAGACGAUGACGAGUAACAAAGUGAUGUGCCUUUUCACCGACCCAGAGGGAACACAUCUGGGAGCUCCCAUGUACCUUCCCCAAGACGCUGGGCCUCAGCAGCUCCAGCAAAUGGUCAAUAAGCUUCUCAACAAUGAGGAGAAGUUGCCGUAUACUUUCUAUAUUUCUGAUCUGGAGCUUCUUGUGCCGCUUGGCUCUUAUUUAGAGAAGAAUAAAGUUUCUGUGGAGAAGGUACUCUCAAUAGUUUAUCAACCGCAAGCUGUUUUCCGAAUUCGUCCGGUUAAUCGUUGUUCAGCAACAAUUGCUGGUCACACAGAAGCUGUACUUUCAGUUGCCUUUAGUCCUGAUGGGCGAUAUUUGGCAAGUGGUUCAGGUGAUACCACUGUCCGACUUUGGGAUCUUAAUACCCAGACACCACUAUUCACCUGCACAGGACACAAAAAUUGGGUUCUUUGUAUUGCUUGGUCGCCAGAUGGUAAGCAUCUCGUAAGUGGGAGCAAGGCUGGAGAACUUCAAUGCUGGGACCCUCAAACAGGGAAGCCAUCUGGCAAUCCACUUAUUGGUCACAAGAAAUGGAUUACUGGUAUCUCUUGGGAACCAGUCCACCUAAAUGCUCCAUGUCGUCGGUUUGUAAGUGCUAGUAAAGAUGGUGAUGCACGAAUAUGGGACAUCUCAUCAAGGAAAUGUGUUAUUUGUCUUAGUGGACACACACUUGCGGUAACUUGUGUGAAAUGGGGUGGUGAUGGAGUUAUUUAUACAGGCUCUCAGGACUGUACUAUCAAAGUUUGGGAGACUACACAAGGGAAGCUAAUUAGGGAAUUGAAGGGUCAUGGGCAUUGGGUUAACUCUCUUGCAUUGAGUACUGAAUAUGUUCUUCGCACUGGGGCUUUUGACCAUACAGGCAAGCAAUAUUCUUCUCCAGAGGAAAUGAAGAAGGUUGCUUUGGAAAGGUACAACAAAAUGAAAGGCAAUGCCCCAGAAAGAUUGGUUUCUGGAUCUGAUGAUUUUACUAUGUUCCUUUGGGAACCGUUUGUCAAUAAACACCCCAAAACUCGCAUGACUGGUCAUCAACAGCUUGUAAAUCAUGUUUAUUUUUCACCUGAUGGCCAAUGGGUGGCGAGUGCCUCAUUUGAUAAGUCUGUCAAGUUAUGGAGUGGUGCUACAGGGAAAUUCAUUGCUGCUUUUCGGGGCCAUGUUGGGCCUGUUUAUCAGAUAAGCUGGUCCGCAGACAGUAGGCUUCUUUUGAGUGGUAGCAAGGACUCCACACUGAAGGUUUGGGAUAUCCGGACACGAAAGUUGAAACAAGACCUUCCAGGCCAUGCAGAUGAGGUUUAUGCGGUUGAUUGGAGUCCAGAUGGUGAAAAGGUCGCCUCAGGUGGUAAAGAUCGAGUACUGAAGUUGUGGAUGGGUUAGAGUAAUUGAGGCCAAAUACAUGCUUGAAAUGUCAAACAACAUGGUUUUUCCGCAGCUUUUAUAGGAGUGGGACUAUUAUUUAGAUUAUAUGAUAUCAGAUGCAAGUAUAUUUAAGUCGUACGACUACUGGAGUCAGGAACUGAAGAAUCAGUAAUGAGGGUAGUUAUUGCAGAAAAGCUUCAUUCAUCAGCAUUGCGGUUUUUUGCCCAUGGAUGUUUCCGCAGAUUUGGUAGUUUCGACCACGACUCGCUCUGAGGUGCCUUAGGAAGAAUAUAAAAGCUGAUUUUUCCUUGUGGCUUGUCUUAAGAGUGAGAGUACAGAAGCUGAUUUACUUGUCUGGGUCUGUUUACAAAAUUUAAUACUUUUCUUAGUUGAGAAACAUUUGAAGUGUUCAACUCCCAGGUUGAGAAUUUAAUACUUUUCUAACUUGGUGUUGAAGAUACAGUCGAAACUUGUGGUGCCUUAAAGCAUCAUUUUCAUUUUUUGACAAUAACAAUUUUCUUGAUUUUAAGUGGAAAGCAAAAAUAUAUCCUUGUAAUUACACA